AUGAAGAUUCGGAAGUUAAAAAGCGCUGAACAAAAAAAAGCAUACGAAAAUAAAGUUGAUGUUAUGAAAUCAGGACCCAGGGACCCAGGGACCCAGGGACCCAGGGACCCAGGGACCCAGGGACCCAGGGACCCAGGGACCCAGGGACCCAGGGACCCAUGGACCCAGGGACCCAGGGACCCAGGGACCCAGGGACCCAUGGACCCAGGGACCCAGGGACCCAGGGACCCAGGGACCCAGGGACCCAGGGACCCAGGGACCCAGGGACCCAGGGACCCAGGGACCCAGGGACCCAGGGACCCAGGGACCCAGGGACCCAGGAACCCAGGGAACCAGGGACCCAGGGACCCAGGGACCCAGGGACCCCGGUUCACCUCCUAUGGAGCCCAGGGAAGUACUUUCCCAGAGGUCAAUGGUUUCUAA